AUGGGUACCCUCACCUUCCCCCAUCAUCCUCCCCGCUCCGCUCUCCGCCACAACCACUCACUAACCACUCAACACCUCCUCCCAGACCAAGACGGCGACUCCGAAAUGCUCUCCUCCUCUUCCUCCUCCCCAUCCUCCUUCACCUCCGACAACGGCCAACGUCCCCAGACACCCACAGCCGCACACCCCUUCAUCUCCGCCUCCACCACCACCACCACUACCACCGCACACCCCGCAGCCGGCCUCUCCUCCCCCCCCGCCUCCCAAUCAAAACCACAAUCAUCCGCACUGGACCUGACCAGCGCCGAACACAGACUUCCCACCCCCGCCGGCGGCAGCGGUAGUGCUGCCCCCGGAGAGCCGGAAACCUCCACUUCCACUGCACAAGUUUCCUCGACGGCAAACACCACAGCGGCCGAAGCGACAACGGCAUCGCCGUCAAAUCCCGCGCAAACUGAGGAGGAACUGAUCCUCCACGGCCCGCCGGGCGCGUCGUGGAACAACCGCCAGGCACAAGAAGAGUACAGGCGGGCGAUGGAGUAUGUGAUCGAUAAGGAUUUUAAUCUAGACGCUUUCGGGGAUCCGUUCGAUGAGCGAGAUAUGGAGAUGCCGUCGUGA